GCAGGUAGGAGUCUUGACACUUUGUUCUUAUCCCAGGGAGACCUCUGACCCCAUAGAUCUGCAACCUCGCUGCGUGGGGCCAGACUGCGAUCCGGCGUGGGGUCCCUAGACCAUCGCCUUCACUAAUCAUAACCAGACGGAAAAUCCCCCCCAACACUUCCCGGGGUCUGAAGAUCCCGGGAACCCGGAGCUGGACGGUGCUGAGCGCUGCGCAGCCGCAGGCCGCCUCGGGAUACGCCGGAAGCUUACGCGCCAGCAGUUCCGGGGAGUGCCUGUUUUUCCGAAGCUGAUUGGUUGACGCUCCCAUAUGCUCACGUGUUUCUGGCUGCGCGUGCUUACUGUCAGUGUGGAACCAUGGCGGAGCUGGAGAGUCUGGGCUUCGAACACAUGGGCUUGGAUCCCCGGCUUUUGCAGGCAGUCGCCGACUUGGGCUGGUCGCGGCCCACGCUGAUCCAAGAAAAGGCCAUCCCGCUGGCGCUGGAGGGGAAGGACCUGUUGGCUCGGGCGCGCACGGGCUCCGGAAAGACGGCCGCGUACGCUAUUCCGAUGCUGCAGCUGCUGCUCCACCGAAAGGCGACAGGUCCUGUGGUGGAACAGGCUGUGAAAGCCCUCAUCCUUGUUCCUACCAAGGAGCUGGCCCGGCAGGCCCAGUUCAUGAUUCAGCAGCUGGCUGCCUAUUGUGCUCGAGAUGUGCGAGUGGCCAAUGUUUCAGCUGCUGAAGACACAGCCUCACAGAGAGCCAUGCUGAUGGAGAAGCCAGAUGUGGUUGUGGGGACCCCAUCCCGCAUAUUAAACCACUUGCAGCAGGACAACCUGAAACUGCGUGACUCCCUGGAGCUGCUGGUGGUGGAUGAAGCUGACCUUCUGUUUUCCUUUGGUUUUGAGGACGACCUCAAGAGUCUUCUCUGUCACUUGCCUCGGAUUUACCAGGCUUUUCUUAUGUCAGCUACUUUUAAUGAGGAUGUGCAGGCGCUCAAGGAACUGGUGCUACAUAACCCAGUUACGCUCAAGUUGCAGGAGUCCCAGCUGCCAGGGCCAGACCAGUUACAGCAGUUCCAGGUGGUCUGCGAGACUGAGGAAGACAAGUUUCUGCUGCUCUAUGCCCUACUCAAGCUGUCCCUGAUCCGGGGCAAGUCGCUGCUCUUUGUCAACAGCCUGGAGCGGAGUUACCGGCUGCGCCUCUUCCUGGAACAGUUCAGCAUCCCAACCUGCGUGCUCAAUGGUGAGCUCCCGCUGCGCUCCAGGUGUCACAUCAUCUCUCAGUUCAACCAAGGCUUCUACGACUGUGUCAUAGCAACAGAUUCUGACGUCCUCGGGGCCCCAGCCAAGGGCAAGCAGCGGGGCCGAAAGCCCAAAGGAGAUAAGGCCUCGGACCCAGAGGCUGGUGUGGCCCGGGGCAUAGACUUCCACCAUGUGUCCGCAGUGCUCAACUUUGACCUUCCCCCCACCCCUGAAGCCUACAUCCACCGGGCUGGGAGGACAGCACGUGCCAACAACCCCGGCAUCGUGCUGACCUUUGUGCUGCCCACCGAGCAAUCGCAGCUGCGCAGGAUUGAGGAGCUCCUCACUGAUGAGGGCGAGGCCUCUGCCCUGCUUCCCUACCAGUUCCACAUGGAGGAGAUUGAGGGCUUCCGCUAUCGAUGCAAGGACGCCAUGCGCUCAGUGACGAAGCAGGCCAUCCGGGAGGCACGGCUGAAGGAGAUCAAGGAGGAGCUGCUACACUCUGAGAAACUCAAGACAUAUUUCGAGGACAAUCCCCGGGACCUGCAGCUACUGCGGCAUGACCUGCCCCUGCACCCCGCGGUGGUGAAGCCACAUCUGGGCCAUGUCCCUGACUACCUGGUUCCUCCAGCUCUACGUGGCCUUGUGCGCACUCACAGGAAGCGGAAGAAGCUGGCCCCUGGCAGGAAGGCUAAGACUCUGCCCUGUAGAAGGUUAAGAAGACCCAGAAUCCACUGCGCAGCUUUAAGCACAGAGGGAAGAAGUCCCAACCUGCAGCAGCGCCAUCCUGAGGCCGGCAGGCCCACGUGCCCGGGAAGAGACACCCAGGGGACUCGGUGGCUCCUGCCCUGUACCCCAGCGUUCCGAAUGGGGCACACAGGGCUGGGGGACUGGGCCAGCCCUGCCAGGCUGCCUUCUCCUGAGAUUCCAGCAGGAUGCAGUGUCACGUGCCUGUGAUCCUAGCUACACUGAUGGAGGCUGAUGGAGGAAGAUUGUGAACUUGAAGCCAGCCUGAGCACCUCUCAAAAUCCGAAAGGAAAAGGGCAGGGGAUGUAGCUCAAUGCAGGGGCUCAGAAUUCCAUCCCUAGUACUGCAAAAGCAGACCAACCACAAAAUAAACCUCUACCAUCCAGACUGGUCCCUCAGCCCUCACAGCUUGCAGCACCGUGUGCGGCCAGCAGAGGGCAGCGGUGCCCAACCAAGUCUCCCAUGUGAUCCCCUAUGGCCCCAAGAGCCCUGCUACACUGCCCUGGGAGCUGUGUCCUGGGAGAUGUCCUUCCUACUGUGAUCGGCCUGCUCCGCAACAUGCGUAUUGUGUUCAGAA